AGAAGGAAGACUAAGCGUCAGCAUGUUCUGUUGUUGUCACAGCAUAACAGUUCGUAAAGGUGGUGAUGAAGCGGAGUGCCGGAGUUGAUUUCUCAUCGUAGUCUGUUCAUCAUCUCCUUCUCCCCUCAGAAUCCAUGGCCACCCCGAGCAGUGUCGGCGCUGCGAGCCUGUUUGGUCGGUCCGGGAGCACGCUCGGAACUACCGCAGGUGGAGGUGGUGGCCUUGGUGCUGCUGGUGGUACUGGGCCAUUCACCCGUCAAGGGGCGAACUCGUCGCUGGAUCUCCUGUCCUCCCUGGAGCAGACGCCGAAAGGAAAAAAGAUAUGCAUUGCAAAAGUAUCGUACUCGUAUUUCGAUCAUGCAUAACAAACAAGGUCAGGGCACGGGGGCGGGGGCCCCCGUGCAGCGACCUUCCCGCCAUUUGCAGGACGUGGCGCACGUAGAUACGUGGACAGCACGCCAGAAAUUUCGAAACUUUGAGCUACCUAUACUGAAAGCAAGAGGCCGGCCGCAGAGUCCCCGCGCUGACCUGCGGCGUUUGCGCCUGGGCCGUACGGCUCCCGGGAAUCGCUUCCAUCCAGCUGGCCCCUAGGUCAUGACGCGGGGACAGAGUCCACACCGCGCUGACCUAGGGCUUUUGCCCCGGGGCCGUGUUCGGGAAGGGGAAGCGCUUGCAGCUGGCCCCUAGGUCAUGGCGCGGGGACAGAGUCCCCGCGCUGACCUAGGGCUUUUGCCCCUGGGCCGCACGCUCGCUGUCCGGGAAGCGCUCAAAGCUGGCCCCUAGGUCAUGGCGCGGGGACAGAGUCCCCGCGCUGACCUAGGGCUUUUGCCCCUGGGCCGCGCGCUCCCUCGCUGCCUGUCCGGGAAGCGCUUAAAGCUACCCAGCCCCUAGGUCAUGGCGCGGGGACAGAGUCCCCGCGCUGACCUAGGGCUUUUACCCCUGGGCCAUGCGGUGUCCGGGCCGGCAGGGUGGGCCCGUGACCACUAGGUAGCCCCUCCGUCAUGUGGUGACGCUCGCUGGGACAGGGUCUCCCCGUUUGCCUAGGGGUUUGGCGCCCGGGCCAUGGGGUGUUCCCUCCGGGAUGCAGGCGCCCAAAGCUCGCCCCUCGGUCAUGGCGCGGGCGCAGAGUCCUCGCGUUGGCCUUGGGCACUUGCCCGGCCGGCCGCGGGCCGUGCCAGCCUGCGGUGCCCGGGAGGCGCUCUCACAUGUUUGGACGUGGCGCCACCGCGGGGGCCCAUGCCCACAUGGGGGCGGGACCGCCUACGGGGGUUCGGGAGAUCCGCCUCCUGGAAUGUUUGCGCGCCCGUCGCUCUCUGUGCCUGCGUGUUUGCGCCAAGCGGGCCCACUGUUGUGCUUGGUCUGGAAUAAAAGCCGACGCGCCCGGCGUUCUUGGCCUGGGUGGUGGCGUGUAUGAAUAGAAUAAAAGGAGCCCCCUGUGGCCCUUCGCUUCCGUGUUAUUUCUGUGCUAUCUCUGCAGAAAAGCGCAGGGCCCAUAGAUACGCGCCCACCUUUCAUUCUCAGUCGGGCGCGCGCUUGUUUUGUCGGCGCAGAAAAGGCACCCGCGUGGGGCUUGGUAGAUCGGCGCGCCCGGAAUGUCUACGCACGGGGCAAACCAACAACAAACACAUCCCAAGGCACGGCGGCGAGUGGGUUCGCGGGGUCCACCCCCCCGAGUGGGCCUGCUUAUCUUUGUUGACACUCGCUGGCCAUGCCAUUCGGAGUCGCGUCCGAACGCGCCCGGGGUCUGUUCGGGGACGAUGUGUCCGGCUUGUAUUUCCCCGAGGUGUGUUCGGGAGUGUGCCCCGGGGUUUGCCUGGGGUGUGUCGGGUGUUUGUGUGUGUGUGUCUGGGGUGUGUGUCGGGGGUGUGGGCCGGGGGUGUGUCUGGGGUAUGUCGGGGGUGUGUCUGGGGUGUGUCUGGGGUGUGUCUGGGGUGUGUCCGGGGUGUGUUCGGGGUGUGGGUUGGAAAUUGCAAAUCACGAUGCUACGCACCCACUUUGCAUACCCCAGAACACACCCCAAAGCUUCAGCAGUUCUUGUCGGGGGGGUGUGUCUGGGGUGUGUCGGGGGUGUGUCUGGGGUAUGUUUUGGGGUGUGGCCUGCAAAUUACGAAUCCCGAUGCUAUGCAGCCACUUUGCAUACCCCAGAACAUACCCCAAAGCUUCAAAAGUUCUGGUUUGCUGCAGUCUAAAUAGUAAUCUUGUUCUUAAGCUAAGUCUGCAUUUAAUGCAUGAAGAUAAAGAAAAUUUGUAAUGAUUACAAAUUUUCUUUAUCUUCAUGUUGAGGAAAUUUGUAAUGCAUUUAUACGAGUACGAUAGUACUUUUUCAGUUCAUAAAAGAAGCGAGGAGGCGAUAACAGCAGUAGCUCCUCUACCAGCUCAGGCAGGUUGAAGGCGGAUGAGGAAGAACUGUCGGGCGAAAAGGUGCUGCGGCUCGUUGGAACGUAUUUGCACCAAAUUGCAGCCGACGAGGACAAGGUAUGAUUUUGAAGAAAGAAAUUGUAUAGCGCAUUUUUUUCUUGAAGAAUCUCUGUGUAAGUACCACGACAUGCGCAUCGGCUUCGAAGGUUCUCACAUUUCUAUACUAGCAUAAAAAUUCGUGCAUAACAUAUGUUCCACUCCAUCCAGGCUCUGAGUCCGAAGCGCGACCGACAUGGUAAACCAAAGAAGAAAACCACCCGGCCGGAGAAGCAGAAUUUGCUGCAAAACCGCGACUUCUCCGCCUUGAACCUCGAGCUUCCGAGGGUGAAACUGCAAUUGAACAAGUCCAUCACGCAGGACGACAUCCACUCCCCGCUCUCCAAGUCCCACCAUGACCAAGCGAUCGCGAAUCGCAACUGGUUCCGGGAUUUUGAAGAGGAAGAGGUUUACCGAUACCAGGGUUACGAACUUUUCACCGCGGAAACGGAGGAGAUGCUCCGAAACUACGGCAUGUGGGACUUCGGACAGUUACGGACGAACGCGAUAGCAACCGGCAACACCAGUCCGGACAGCGCUGGUGCUCCUGGUCCUGGUAAAGAAAUAUCAAACCUCGCAGAAGGCGAUGUAAUGGUGGAUGAUUCCGCGAACAUGUUGCGAACGAGACUGUAUGAACUGCCAAAGCAUUGCACUCGUACUAAUUGCAAACAUGCAUGACAAAUCUUUGCUCUUAGCCAAGUCAGCAUUACAAAGAACUCUCUUUUUCACCUUCUGCAAAAAUUUGUAUUGCGUUUUGUACACUAGUACGAUGCGGUUGCACUGCAUAGACUGCCCGCGUUUUCCGCCGGCGCGAAGCGACGAGUAGUUAUCGGCGGCAGUGGAGGACCAGGUGGACCUUCUUUCCCGAACGAGCAGAUAGGCGGCUCUAGCUCUUCCACAACCUUGCAACCCCCUAAAUCCGCGGACCCGGUCCGGCGAAGAUCUUUCGCGCCACCGUCGCCUUUGGGGUAUGGCCCCGACAUCGCCACGGACCUCUACCGCGGCCGCCGGGAACCGGACCAGUGGAGGAUGCAGGGCGCGACGAAAUUUUCGGACGAAAUUUGCGACAUUGUGGAAGAGUUGCAGGACCACCGGGGGAAGGGGGGGUUCUACGUGAGACAGCAGUGCGCAACUUGCAACCGGAUACUACGGUCGUCGAGGACGAAGUUUUCGAGCCAGGAACGCUGCCAGGUGUGUGCGGAAGGACUCCAGUUUGUGAAAAAGUACAUAAUAUUUAUAGCAGUGUUUAUCUUUCGUGCAUUUAUUUUUUGUGCAUUUAUUUUUUGUCAUGCAGUAGAUGAACGCAAGGCUGGCAGCAUGAUAGUACUUUGCUGCGAUCUCGCUGUUGUAGUGGCAUUUCUUCAAGUGCGCAAUCGUACUACGGCAAGCGCAAGAACACAAAGAUGACAUUACGCACAACAACAAACCCCAAUCACACAACAACUUCAGGCCCCGCGACAAAGCCCGUCUCCACCGCCGCCCGGCUUCCGGCCCGAUCCUUUCCCGAAAUGACCUGCACUUAAUCCGCGACCCGAUUCCGGAGCCAACGUUGAAGGAAAAACGGAAGCUCGCCGCCAGGGGGUUGGAACGAACGGUGAGUGAAAUUACGGCCCAGUACCUGCAGAAGCACAUCAACAAAGUGUUCGAGCUCUGCACGCGGCACAAAUACACCGCGGAGUACGUCCCUUCCAUGGACUUGAAAGAGUCCAUCGAAAAGCUGACCGAGAUGGCCAUCACCCGGACUUGGGAAAAAUUUGGCGGGGUCGACACUGCUUUUAUGAACUGCAAAAGUAUCGUACUCGUAUAAAUGCAUUACAAAAUUCCUUAGCAUGACAAAUAAAAUUUGUAAUGCGGAUUUACCUUAACAAAAGGAUUUGUAAAUGCAUGACUGCAAUACGAGUGCGAUACUUUUGCACAGGAUAGCUUUGGUGCAGCAACGGUUUGAAAACCUUCAAGAGACGUACGAGAAGAAGAUGGUGGAGUGUUUGAAGGAAUUAGACGUGUACCGGGCGAAACAGCAGGGGAAAAAACCCUGGUUUCAGGGGGACAAACAGGGCGACUGCAUCGACCUGAUUCCGCCCGGAAAAGACAACGUCCCCGCGAGUUCGACCCUGCAAGAAACCUACCCGUGGUUUUUCGAGCCGAUGACGGUUUUUAGUAAGGAGAAACAGGAAGCAAUGCGGUACUUGAUCGACCAAGCGGUGUUUCGGAUUCUCUCUUUAAAAACGGGAACGGUAGAACGGGAGAUCCAAACGGACCCACCAGACAAGAAGUUGUCGGAAUUGGGACGGCUGGACCGCGCAGUGCAGACGUUACCCGAUCCGGAAGUGGCCCGGAUGAUCGCGAGAAUCGCGAGUUUGGAAGAGCAAGUCUCCUCCUUACAGGAACUAAACGCGGCUCUCGAGGCGAACGUCGGGGAUUUGCAGAACCGGAAUAACGAAUUGGAAGAUUCCAACGCGGAACUGUCGAUCAAGUUUGACGAAGUGGAUACAGAAUUGAAAAGACUCCAAUCCGAGGCCGACAGUGACGCGGCGAUCAAGAUUGCGGAGGCGGUGGCGGAGGCAGAGCAGGUAUGGAUUGCAAAUAUGUCUGGGUCUAGAAGAGCAAAACUUGUGAUGCUGCAUUUGGAUGCUACAAAAAUCUGUAUUGCAUGAGCAGCAAGAGGAGUCAAAUUUGGCUACGUGGAAAGCGCAUUUGUCAUGCCGGAUGCGCAUCGAUAGACGCUCAAAAAAUCUGUGAUGCUGUGGCAUACAUCAGAAACAUCAUGGAUCAUGGAAAAUGUGCAUGACAAACUUCUCCUCUUCGAGACCCAGACAUUUUUACAUUUGAUAGCAGGAACUCACGAACAAGUUGACGCAGAAUUUCACGGGGAUGCUGCUGAAGGAACAAAAAAAGGUAUUUUCUUAAUCUUUCUUAAACUCUUCGUAUGUUGAUUUUUCAACCGUAUCUAUAACGAGUUUGUGAUGUUGAUGCUCUUGCUUGCUGCAACUGCAUCAGAGUUGGAUUUUGUCAUGCAUAUUAUGCACUAUAAACCUCCACUCAGUCCGCCGACCUGGAGCAUGAGUUGGAAGAAACGAAGUCCGCCUUGGAGCAGAACGUGACCGACCUCGCCCGAGCAAACCUAACGAUUGAAGAGUUGACGAAAAAACUAGAAGAAAUGACGGAGAAGUUCGAGAGCGAAAAAGCGGAGCACAACAAGCUGAAAGAAAAGUCAACCGAGGCCUCGGCCUCGUCCGCGGACAAAGAUUUCCAAAUCGCGACGUUAAAAGCGAAGGUUGCGAACAUGGACUUGAAGGUGAAGAUGGCGCAAUCCGCGGUAGCGGAGGCGGAGCGGAAUUACACUGAGACGAAGGGGAUGCUGGAUGCGGUCCAGGAGGAAUUAGAUGCUUUGAAAUCGGCGCCGCCGGAAAAGGACUCGGCGGAAGCGCUCGCGUUGGAGGAACUGAUGAGAUUUUUGGAAGAGGAAUAUGAAUAUGUACAACUCCCCCUCCCCCUGCCCCUCAUUUGUGUUGCAUGAACAGCAACGCAAGCGCUGGCAAAGUUGCAGCUUUUGCAUGACAAAGUCCUAGUGGAUUUCAGUGCUGUUUUGGAUUCCGGAAUCUGUCAUGCAAACAGUACUAACAGACAAAGGGUGGAUUUCGAUUUGGAAUUUUGCAUGACAAAUGAGGGGGAGGGGGAGUUGUGCACUGUCAUAAGGAAGGAAAAGCAGCGAGGGCGGAGUUGGGGAUUGAGGAGGAGGAGAAAUCCGCGGAAGGACCACCGGAGGAGGAGACGAAAGAGGAGGAAAAACCAGCGGAACCAGCAAAAGAGGAGCAAAAGCCGCAAUCUGAGGAAGAAGCGCCGAAAAUCGUCGCGGAGGAGCGACGGAAGUCGCAGAUCGAGCUGGAAAGGGAAGCACUAAAGCUGCAGCAGAAGGAAGAGCUGCUGUCUAAGACGAAAACCACCAUGAGUAAAAACCGCGAGAUGAAGGAGAAGAUCGUCGUUACCGCGGUUAAGAAGGAGGUUGAGGAGGAAAUGGAAGAGCGGUACGAAGGUAUUGUAAACACGCUCCACGAGCAGGUGCAGGAGCAGAAGGAGUUAGUGGAAACUAUGAACGACAAAAUGCAGGAGAUGGAGCAAGAUUUGAAGCUGGCGAGGCAGGAGACGAAGGCGCUGGUGGACUCGAUUGAGAAGGCGAAAAAGAAACCGUUGAAUGCCAACGUGACGAUACCGGAUCUCGGGCCGGUGUUUGAGAGACUGUGGAACGAUGUGGAGGAACGGUUUGACAGGAGGCGAAGAUUUAUGAAAGUGCACAACUCCCCCUCCCCCUCGUUUGUCAUGCGAAAUUCCAAGUCCAUCCUUUGCCUGUUAGCACUGUUUGCAUGACAGACUCCGGAAUCCAAAACAGCACUACGAUCUCCUAGGAAUUUCUCAUGCAAAAGCUGCACCUUUUCCAGCGCUUGUGUUGCUGUUCAUGCAACACAAAUGAAGGGGAGGGGGAGUUCUGCACUGUCAGAAGGUUGAUCGAGUUAGGGCAAGCGGAGGCGAAUUCGCGACUCGCUGCGGUGUAUGACAGCGGGUUUGGGGACGAGGUGCGACGCAUGAUAACGGCGGGAAAAACGAGGAAGGAGCGAGUAUGUGUCUUUUGUAUUUGAUUGCAUUGCAGAGUUUUGUUGCGCGUUUUAGCAUGUUGCGCGUGGCCUCAGCAAGUGCAAGAAGCUUGCCUUCCAACAUGACAAGCUUCCUUCAUCAGCAAAUCAUCACGAAUAAUGCAAUCACUGCUAUAACAGCUUCUCUCGGCCAAGCGCGCCGCCGCGAAGUACCACACCCGGCUGAGGAACGCGGGAACCGGGUCUCUCCCUGUCGUGUUGUCACGAGACGUGAUUGACAAGAUUGUCGAAAUCAAAAAAUCAAGGCCAAAUUCUCCCGUUCUCGUCUACCCUAGUCCGGCAGUUGAUGACUAUGAUACUGCAGCGAACAACUUUUUCGCAUUGCAAGAUGGUGCUUUAUUUGAUGACAAUUCAUCUCGCUCGCCACGAAGACGCAGCCCGCCGCCACCAGGCGGCGCCGGACCGACAAGCAGCACGCCCGGAGCGACGAUCAAGCAAUCGGCUAGUGGUAGUGGGAGGAAACAGGUCCCUAGCAGAACCGUAGUGGUCAAUCGUGGACCAGGACCGCAGCAGAGCAAGAACGCAGUCGUAACCGUGCCGAAGCCUGGGAGUGCCAGUAACAAAACCGCUGCGGGAUCGGGCGUUCAGCAGCAGCCACGGGAUAACAGCAGCAUCCAACUUUCCUUGACUGCAACGACUCUGACAGAAAUCCAGCCCGUUGCGGAGGAAAACAAUGGUCAGGACUUUGAUUUCACCCAAUUCCCAAAACCGAUCGUCUUACACCACGCUGAAGUCUACUGGGCGAACAAGCCGAAACAGAAAUACGACAAGAAACAGGAUGAAGUAAAGCAAAUCAUCCGCUAUGAAUUGCAAUAGUAUCGUACUCGUAGAAGAAAUCGCAUCACAAAUUUGGUCAGCAUGACACAUGGAAUUUGUAAUGCGGAUUUGCCUUAAGAGAGAAGUUUGUAAUGCAUGGCUGCAAUUACUACACGUGCGAUACUUUUGCGGUUCAUAUCCGGUUAGCAUCGCCAGUUCCGCGGAGAUCAAGGUCCCCAAGUCGUUCGCCAGACAGGUCGAGGUCGCCGUCGCCAGGAGAUGGAGAUGGGGAUACGACGUACUACGAGGGGGAAGAGAAUAACAACGAUGCUGAGAACUACAACAACGCGAUUCGCCUGCAAGUGGAUCUGGACAGUAAAACCGCAAUAGCCUAUCCUGCUGAUUCGGACAAUGCCAGGCGAGAGUACUUGUCCAGCAUGCGGAACCCAUUGAGCCAACAGCCAAAACUCCUCGCAGUCGCUUCAAACUCCGCAACGAGUAGCCGGCCAAACAGCGGGCCCAGGUGGCGGACGCACGAUAUGUACAGUAAGUCCAGCUUAGGGUUAUUAAAUUUCGACUACCAGAAGCAACCGGUCCGAGAGAGGAAGCACGGCCGGGAUGAAACUUUAGUGCAGCAAAUUAGGCCGAACACGGCUGGUGGAGGUGGGGCCGCGACUGGUAGCUCUGGAACUACAGUUUCAGGUGGAGCCGGCCAUCAGCACCCACAGAUGUCCCGACCGGACCAGUUCCAGAAGAAGACCACCGGUAUCGGCCACUCCAUUCCGAAGAGCAAAGCGCCGAGUGCUGGUGCCAGGCCGGCGACCGCGGGGAACAAUCACCAUUCGCUUUCUUCCUCAACGAUCAUAAUGGACGACCGCGCGGCUGGGGCCGGCGGAGGAACAGGAACAAGUGCGCUGGCCGUGCACCACCCGGGCCGAGGUACAUCAAAUUCUGGCUCCGCCGCAGCUCCGAACUCACUCCAUCUGCUCGAGCACAACGCGAAUGUCAUUUCCGAGCAGCAGGUCCGGACCGUCUCGCAGUCACUAGAAUUGGAUAACCAGGACACUUUGACAGCGAGCUUGCUGCCGGAGGAUUCCUUCCUUGCAGAUCCGGAGUGCAGGGUGGAGGUUCCGAGGGGCAGGGCUGCAAACAAUUACCAGCAGUCAUCAUCACCACGUACGAAUCAAUCUGCUGCUGCGCCGGAAAACAUGCAGGUGAUCGUGAAUCUCCCCACUUCCAUAUCACAAGGAAAAGUGUUAUACGUUAACGGUUUUGAUGUUCACACAUUGCAGUCAUGCAUCACAAAUGUAGCCCAAUACGCAUGCUAUGCAUGACAACUUUGGGCACGUUUUGUGAUGCGUUACUGCAUCACAAAUUCUGUUAACGUUAACACUUUUUCCUGUGAUUUUCCAUGGCCCGGAAGCAGCGAACCGGGAAUACCGACGAGAGUUUGGUAGAACCAUUAGAGGUGGACCAGGAACAGAAAAUCUGGCGAACGUGGUCCAGUUCCUUCAUGGGGCACGCUACACCGAGCGGGAGAAGGAAGAAGUGAAUUUGAGAAGUUGCUGAGACUAACGGAAAAAGUUCUGAACUUUUUCUCCUCGGUCUCCAGUUCAUCUUCCUAUUGAAGUACUAUCGCAGCAGCUGUGUGUGCUUUUCGAAAAUAUUUUCUGGUGGAUCUUCAAGAAAAAGUAGCGUAAAUGUAAGUACAAGAAUCACAUCACAUGGGCUGCUUAAUAUGAUGUUACUAUUCCCCCUGUAUGAUAAGUAAUGAGCUUUCAAAUUCAAAGCACAGCGAGCCACCACCUCGUCGUGGUCGCAACUGCAAACUACGAAGAACCAACAGUGUACAAAUGAAAUUCAGAUUGAAAACAACUAGCUUCAAACUCAUUUUAUUGUUCUUGAAAAUUACAUCACACAUCCGAUAUGGAUAUUUUGCUGAAAAUUGAUGCAACUUUUGACCCAAGCGCAGCUAUACCGCGAUCUUCACAGCUGACAGAACUUUUACGUACAACCUGUAAUAUCGAGUGACACGAAUAAACGUAGCAAUAAUGUACAACCGCUAUGAUCCUGACUUUCAUCCUUUUUUGCUGCUGCCGAUGAAGAUUUAAACAUCGAGGAAGUGGAGCAAGAGCUAAAUCAGAAGACCAAUACACAAUGAUGGUGUGGUGUUUAGACAGUUUGAACG